AAUCAACACUUGAAAUCGAGUUCUAAAAAUUUUGCACUAUUCUUGUCAAAAUCAUAAGCGUUAAAUUAAGUUAUCAAGUGGUUUAUUUUGUGCGUGUUGCCUAAACAAAAUGCAAAAAUAUGAAAAAUUGGAAAAAAUCGGUGAGGGUACUUACGGUACAGUAUUUAAAGGACGUAACCGUGAGACCAUGGAAAUUGUGGCUUUGAAACGUGUUCGUUUGGACGAGGACGACGAGGGAGUGCCUAGUUCCGCACUUAGAGAAAUUUGCCUUUUGAAGGAGCUGAAACAUAAAAACAUUGUCCGUCUCUAUGAUGUGUUACACUCGGACAAGAAGUUAACGUUAGUUUUUGAGCACUGUGAUCAGGAUCUGAAGAAAUAUUUUGACAGCUUAAAUGGAGAAAUCGAUAUGGCAGUUUGUCGCAGCUUUAUGUUACAACUGUUGCGUGGGCUCGCUUUCUGUCACAGUCACAAUGUACUCCACCGGGACUUGAAGCCCCAGAAUUUAUUGAUCAACAAAAAUGGCGAGCUAAAAUUAGCAGAUUUCGGUCUGGCUCGUGCUUUUGGUAUUCCCGUAAAGUGUUAUUCCGCUGAAGUAGUCACACUAUGGUAUAGACCACCAGAUGUACUCUUUGGUGCGAAAUUGUAUACAACCAGUAUUGAUAUGUGGUCGGCAGGUUGUAUAUUUGCUGAACUUGCCGAUGCCGGUCGACCGUUAUUUCCAGGAUCAGAUGUUUUGGAUCAACUGAUGAAGAUCUUCCGUGUGCUUGGCACUCCCACAGAAGAGACUUGGCCUGGUGUUACUCACUUGGCUGAUUACGUGGCGCUUCCAUCAUUUCCGCCUAUUACAUCCUGGAGUCAAAUAGUACCCCGUCUUAAUUCUAAAGGUCGAGAUUUAUUGCAAAAGCUAUUGGUUUGUAGGCCAAAUCAACGUAUUAGUGCGGAACAGGCUAUGCAACAUCCAUAUUUCACUGAAAGUUCGUCAAAUCACUAAUAAUAUUUAAAAUACUAUUAAGCAUAUUUACGUUAUUUACUUACGUUGCUGUAACCGCUUCUAAUUGGCAAAAAAAAAAAAACAAA